CUGGCUAAUAACUUGGCUUGUUGCUUCUUGUUUAACGAAGCCUGCAGGUUUGUUUGAAGCGUGCUUGUCUAGACCAUCUGCACCAAAACUUAGCAGGUCAAUAUGGGUUCUUCCGCAGCGGAAGACCUGCUGAUAUAUCCAGAUGUGAGAAGGGAUGAAUCUGUUGCAGACAAUUAUCAUGGUGUACUUGUACCGGAUCCCUAUAGAUGGCUGGAAGAUCCAGAUGCAGAGGAAGUCAAGGAUUUUGUUGAGAAGCAAGUGAAGUUAACUCAAUCCUACCUACAGAAUUGUGAGACAAGAGAAAAGUUUAGGGGGCGUAUUACAGCCCUUUUUGAUCACCCUAGAUAUCGCAUUCCAUUCAAAUAUGGUGAUAAAUACUUCCACUUCUUCAACACUGGACUGCAAGACCAGGAUGUUCUAUAUGUUCAGGAUAAUCUGGAAGCAGAAGCAGAGGUCUUGCUUGAUCCCAACACACUCAGUGAAGAUGGAACAGUUGCUUUAAAUACAUAUUCAGUCUCUGAAAAUGCUGAAUUCUUGGCAGUUGGUUUAAGCUCCAGUGGUAGUGACUGGGUGAACAUCAAAGUUAUUCGGAUAGCAGAUAAGACUACAGAACCUGAUUCCCUUUCAUGGGUGAAGUUUUCGUCAAUAACUUGGAGCCAUGACAGUAAAGGAUUUUUUUACAGCCGUUAUCCAGCUCCUAAAGAACAAGGAGAGCUAGAUGCAGGAACAGAAACUAAUAUCAACCUUAAUCAUCAAUUGUUUUAUCAUUUCUUGGGUACGGAGCAAUCUGAAGAUAUUUUAUGUUGGAAAGAUCCAGAAAAUCCUGAGUGGUCAGUUGGGGCCGAUGUAUCUGAGGAUGGAAAGUAUAUUCUUUUAUAUAUUACAGAGGGUUGUGAUCCUGUGAAUAGGCUCUAUUAUUGUGAUCUCGAUACCCUUCCUCAAGGUAUUGAGAGUUUCAAAGGCAAGGAGGAGAUGCUUCCAUUCCAGAAGCUCAUUGAUAAUUUUGAAGCAGAAUAUGCCCUUGUUGCAAAUGAUGAUACUGAGUUCACAUUCCGGACAAAUAAAAAUGCUCCAAGGUAUAAAUUGGUCCGAGUGGACUUGAGGUACCCAGAAUCUUGGAGUGAUGUUGUUCCAGAAUCAGACAAGGAUGUACUUGAAUCAGCUGUGAGUGUCAAUGGCAAUCAACUUUUAGUAAGUUACUUAAGUGAUGUUAAGUAUGUUCUCCAAGUACGAGACUUGGAAUCUGGCAAGUUGCUUCAUAAUUUGCCAAUCGAUAUUGGGUCAGUUAGUGGAAUCUUUGGAAGGCGUAAAUAUGAUGAGAUAUUUAUUGCUUUUACAAGCUUUCUUACACCUGGUAUUAUAUAUCAAUGCAACCUAAAUGCUGAAAAGCCAAAUCUCAUAGUAUUCAAAGAGACCAUUGUUCCAGGCUUUGAUCGCAACGAUUUUGAGACUAAACAGGUUUUCUUUCCUAGUAAGGAUGGAACUCAAAUACCAAUGUUCAUUGUAUGCAAGAAAGACAUCGGCCUUGACAGUUCACACCCGACAAUGCUAUAUGGCUAUGGGGGCUUUAACAUUAAUAUCACACCAUCCUUUAGUGUUCACCGUGUUGUCAGUUUAAAGCAUUUAGGAGCAGUAUCUGCUGUUGCAAACAUUCGUGGGGGUGGGGAAUAUGGAGAAGAAUGGCAUAAAGCAGGCUCACUUGCAAAUAAACAAAAUUGUUUUGAUGACUUCAUUUGUGCUGCUGAAUUCCUUAUAUCAGAGGGUUACACACAACCUAAAAAGUUGUGUAUUGAAGGAGGCAGUAAUGGUGGGUUGCUUGUUGCAGCUUGCAUAAAUCAGAGGCCUGGCCUAUUUGGUUGUGCACUGGCUCACGUGGGGGUCAUGGACAUGUUACGCUUCCAUAAAUUUACUAUUGGGCAUGCAUGGACUACAGAUUAUGGAUGUUCAGAUAAGGAAGCAGAAUUUCAUUGGCUGAUUAAAUAUUCACCCUUGCAUAAUGUAAAGAGGGCAUGGGAAGAGCCUAGAGGACAAGGUGUUCAGUAUCCUGCUACAAUGUUAUUGACAGCUGAUCAUGAUGAUCGAGUUGUGCCUCACCAUUCUCUAAAACUUCUAGCGACAAUGCAAUAUGUUUUAUGCAAAAGUAUAGAGCACAGUCCACAAACUAAUCCAAUUAUCGGCCGAAUUGAUAUGAAAGCUGGUCAUGGUGCAGGGGUGCCAACACUAAAACUGAUUGAUAGGGAAGCUGAUAUAUUGGCAUUCCUAGCCAGGGUGGUGGGUGCCUCAUGGAUUGACUAGGUUGUCACAUAUUUUAAAUUGAUAAUGGUGAUAACCAAUUUACCAAUAAGGCCAGUUGGGGUUAAAGGUUGUGUAACAAAGAAUGGUCUCACUUGCAGCUUGCGAUUUGCUAAAUCCUUUUUUUGAUUGGCUCCUACUAGCAAAAAUAUUUACAACCAUAGGAAACAUUAGUAACCUGCUUUUUAGCAGGAAUUUAUAAGGGCCACACAAGUGGGGCUAGUUUCUGCUUUAGGUGGCUAGGAGAGCUUUGUAGAAUUUUUAGCUAUUUGCAGUGGAAAAGCCUUGUAGAUUCGUGUUUUAGUUUAAGAUGGUGUUCACAUGAGGUAUUGUCUUUUGUACUAAGGUAUUAUAAUAUUUGAACUAAGGUGUUGUUUAUGCCAAAGCUUGGAGUGUAUUCCAACAAGAUGCACCUUGCAAGAUUCAUGUUUUGUUUUAAGAUGGUGGUCACAUGAUGUAAGUUAACUUAGAACUUUAUUUACUACUAACUAAUUUAAAUCUGAUUCAGCAAACAAUUGGUUUAAUUGAACAUGGAGCUUUUCGUACAA